AGCGCGCAGCCGAGGAGAGGCGGCGGCCGGCGGGAUGAAGGCUCCGAGGAGACCGGGGCGGACGCGGCUCCUCCCCCGGUUCUGCGUCUGUGGAGUCGGUCUGCUCGCAGCCGCCUGGAUCUUUCACUUCAGAGAUGCUGCAGACCCCCGUGCUACAUCUGUGGACAUCUCCUUAUCAAAAAGAGAACACAUCCGUCUGAAAGAAGACAAUGAGAGUGACAGCAUUUCCAGAUCUGCUGUCAACGAGUUCCCAGAAGACAUCUUCACUCUUGAUCAGAGGAGGCAUGGCGCGGUGCUCCUGCACGUUCUCUGUGCGAUCUACAUGUUCCACGCACUGGCCAUCGUGUGCGAUGUUUACUUUGUGCCGUCGCUGGAGAAAGUAUCAGAGAAUCUGCAGCUCAGCCAGGAUGUUGCUGGUGCAACCUUCAUGGCCGCCGGCAGCUCCGCCCCCGAGCUCUUCACCUCUUUGAUCGGUGUGUUUAUCACAAAGGGAGAUGUUGGCGUGGGGACGAUCGUGGGCUCGGCUGUCUUCAACAUCCUGGUCAUCAUCGGUAUCUGUGGCAUCUUUGCCGGACAGCCCAUCUCUCUGAGCUGGUGGCCUCUGUUUCGUGACGCCGUCUUCUACAUACUGUCAAUAGUGGUGCUUAUUCUGGUGAUCUAUGAUGAAAAAGUCAUGUGGUGGGAAACGAUCAUCCUGAUCUCCAUGUACGGAAUCUAUAUAAUCAUCAUGAAGUUCAACAGGUCUCUGUGCUGCCUGGUGGAGAGGCACUGCAGCCGGGCAGGUCAGCCGUGUCUCAGCACUCUGCGGCGGACGACCGCUGUGGGAAACGCUGCAGACUGUGACAAUGACAUGGUGCCGCUGAAGCCAGACUCGGCGGCCGGCCAGGACUCCGGGGUGGCGAUGGUGGACGAGCUGCUGAACGCGCACCCACACCAGCUCACCUUCUCAGAGAGGCAGAGGCUGAUUCGGUCUCGGGUCGGCCCGGAGGAGGGGGGCGCCGCUGGGGAGGAAGGGUCGGGGGCCGCCGGCUCCUGGGGGAGGGAGAAAGGCGCGGCGGCCGAGGGAGACAGGCCGCCGCCGGCGGGGGAGAGGGAGAGGGGCAAAGAGGCGGGGGGAGACGCGGGGGGAGGAGGAGGAGGUCAGCCUAAAGAGGAAGAGGAGGAGGAGGAGCAGGAGGAAGAGGAGGAGGAGAGCUCUCCUUUCAAACCGUUUGUCAUACCAGACGGCUGGUGCGCGCGCCUCAAGUGGCUGCUGUCCUGGCCUGUGAGCGUCCUGCUGUACUGCACCAUCCCCGACUGCAGCCUGCCCCGCUGGGAGCACUGGUACCUGCUGACCUUCCUGUCCUCCACGCUGUGGAUCGCCCUCUUCUCCUACCUCAUGGUCUGGAUGGUGACCAUCAUCAGCUACACGCUGGGAAUCCCGGAGGUGAUCAUGGGAAUCACCUUCCUGGCGGCCGGCACGAGCGUUCCCGACUGCAUGGCCAGCCUCAUCGUCGCACGGCAAGGGAUGGGCGACAUGGCCGUGUCCAACUCCAUCGGCAGCAACAUCUUCGACGUGCUGCUGGGCCUGGGCUUCCCCUGGGCGCUGAGGACUCUCAUCGUCAGCUAUGGAUCAGUGGUUACCAUCAACAGUAAAGGCCUGGUGUACUCCGUCAUUCUGCUGCUGGCCUCAGUCACUCUCACUGUCCUGUGUGUCCACCUGAACCGCUGGAGGCUGGACCGCAGGCUUGGACUUUGUCUCCUGCUGCUCUACGCCAUCUUUCUGCUCUGCGCCGUCAGCUUCGAGAGGCUCUAGAGGGUGAAUCAAGGUCAAUUCGUACCUGCUGAGAAGAGUCAUUUCAAACUUUUGUUGUGGGAACUCUCCUACCUGAACCAUAACAUAAAGCCCCUUUUACCUCUUUGAAAUUUAUUCACUCUUCUUGAUGUCUUUGGCUCUUUUUGUAACCAGUAUUGUUUAUUGUUAUUUAUUGCUUAAUAUACGGUAUUACCUGAGUAUUUUAACAACGUAUCUUGAUAAAGGUGGCGUAGAGUCUUUUUCAUAUUAAACCCAAACCCUGUUCUGUCAGCAGAUCAUCUGCAUCCAUCUCUCCCUCUCCCCGACCUCCUCCUUCACCACAUCCAUGGAUCUUCUUCAAAGUCUUCCUCUUUUCUUGUCUGGCAGCUCCAUUUCUAGCCUUAUCUCUAAACUGCUCAAGUCGAUCUCUUCAUUUUUAAACCGUUCCCUCCCUUCUCGCUGCCGUCCUUCAGACCUGUCGCUCAUCUCCACCCUCUUCCAUCCAGUGCAUGUUUCAGCCCCUGAUGAGCUCCCUGAAGCUUCCAUUUUCACUUCCUCCACACGCUUCUUUCCCUUUCAACACAUUUACCUGCACGGGGAUGAAAUGGCUAUGAAUUCAGGUAUGAAGUUACUAUUUAUGUACAAAGGUGUGAAAUUAAUAGGGUACGAAUUGACCAGCACCACUAGAGGACACACACACACACACACACACACACACACACACACACACACACACACACACACACACACACACACAUACGGCCAACCUGUAUUCCACCCUCACUGUUGCUAUGAAUCAAAUGUACGGAGCGGUACGGUCUAUUUCCAUCUGGCAGUGGCUGUACAUGCUGGAGCAGCGUUACCAUGACACCAGCUGCCUGAAAAGCGACAUUGUUUACCUUUGAUAAAUGAGUAUUUUACAUAGUUUUGUACCGAAGCACCUCCAGAGCAGACCCGACUGACGAAGCACCGUCUCGCCGCAGAUUUAUACAGUAUUGAAUUUGUAUUCCGAAGAGAUGAAUAUUGUAUGUGAAACCCGCCUACAGUGUGUCCGUUUACUUAUUAUCACUUUACGACUGCCACAAGUAACCUCAAAGACCGGACGACGAUGCGUGUUCGUUUAUAUAGCGGCUUCUCGGUUUGUGCACUCCUCCCAUGUCCAGGUUUUCAUCCCACCUUUGUGUCUUUCUGCUGUAAAUCAAGCAUGGCUCACCAUCACGCUCCAGAUAAUUGCACUAAGCCACUGUUGUCUUGGCCUCUCGUAUGUAAGACGGGCCCCCUCCCUCCUCGUUCCUGAAGGCCUCUCGGUGCAGGGGUCUCGCGUUUUCGUGCUGAAACACAGGUGACUUAUACGCUACAAGUUGUUGUUGAAUGUGUGUCGUGGAGAGAGAGAGUCCCCGAGUGCAAUAAAAUGCUUUGUUCUGUGA